AUGAGCUCUUCAUCGUCACCGUUCUCUCCAAAACACCAGUCGGCGCAAUCUGCACAAAUUAAAACCACUCCAGCCGAAUCUGCGCAACAACCUCUGCCUUCUCAGCAACAAGAAACACCUCAAAAAUCUUCUCCCAUUCAAAAUAAUAAUAAUAAUAAUAAUAAUAAUAGUAAUAAUACCUCUAUGACGACUUCUUCUGUUCCUUUAAAUGCCACGGCGCAAGAAGUGCCCGCGCCAACCUCAUCCGCGCCAACCACAUCUGCACCAACCACAUCCGCGCCAACUGCAACUGCACCAGCUGCAACUGCAACACCAUCAGCUCCGGCUUCAACUUCGGCUCCGGCCUCGGCUUCGGCUUCGGCUUCGGCUUCGGCUCCAGCUGCUGCUGCAACUCCACCAUCUUCGUUGACCGCUGGAGCUGCAAGUGCUUCAGCAGCUGCUGCUAAUGCAACAUCUUCAACAAUUUGUCAAAACUGCCAAACUUCUACCACUCCUCUUUGGCGGCGCGAUGAAAGUGGGCAAAUUCUGUGUAACGCAUGUGGUCUUUUUCUUAAACUUCAUGGCCGACCAAGACCCAUCUCGCUUAAAACCAAUGUCAUCAAGUCGCGCAAUCGUACCCGCAAUAAUACGACUCAUGCAAAUAAACGUAAUGCACACGCAAAGUCAGCUAACUCGCCGCUCCACUUGGCCAACUCACCUUCGUUUGCAGCUAUUUCACCUCACUUACUUCCUCACGGAUCGCCUCUCAUGACCGGAAUCCAUGGCCAUGGUCCGAUCCCUGGACUUUCGCCAAGUAUUUACCAAUCUCCAGGUGGACCGGGACCCGCAGGAUCAGCCGGAAUGCUCCCUCACCACCCGCACCAUCCGCACCAUCCACAUCAUCCCUAUUCUACCGGAUCACCUGCUCUACGUGCUGCAUCAGGCUCUCAUCCAGAUAUGAUGCCUGUAGACCAUCUACAAAUGUCUUUGGCAGCGGGAUCACCUUCGAUGGGCCCGGAUCACUACCCUGGGUCAUACCAUCAUCCUCAUUCUAGUCCAUAUAUUCAUCCUCAUCACCAUCCUAUGACUUACCAACAACAACAGCUACAAGGACCUCCACCACCGGGACCACCUCCCAUGACUGGGAAUUACCAUGGAUCUGGAAGUCCAAUGCUACAUCCAUCAAGUGGCUACCCAAGUCAUCACCCAGUCAUGCAGCAACGCGGUCCUCCUGGCUCUAAUAACUCUUCAAACUCGACGCCAUCAACUCCAUCAACCUUUUUUGCAGAUGCUCCAAAACACAGCCCAGCAUCACGCGCAACAAUAGACAAGCAAAUCAUGCAGUAUAACCCAACCCUCCCUGCAUUAUCAGUCAUGUCAUCUUUGACGACAGCCAAGUCUUCACUGCCCUCCUCCUCCUCCUCUUCAUCAUCAUCAUCGAUUCCUAUAAACAAUGGAGGAUCGAAACCUCCGACCCCAAAGUUCCUUGGAAUUUCACCAAAUCCUAAACUUCCAGCCUUGUCUUCGUUAACUGCAGCUGCAGGUAUUGAUAUGAAACAGGGAAACAAUAAAUCCAGUAACAUUAACAACUCGAAAGAAUCGGGACAUGUAGCAGCAUCUUUCUCCAACUCUGCUGCACCUCCCAUUCUUACUCCUCAGUCGAGACCUCAGUCGCCUAGCAUGAGCGUGCCACCGACUUCUGCAUCAGUUUAUGGUCUUAAGGACCCAGGUUCAGGUAUGCAACAAGUCCCCGGCUCUGCUUCGCGUGGGGGGCCCAUGAGUGAACAGCUAAGACCUCGCAGCAGUCCAGGCGAAGAUCAACUUGAUAAGAUUCCGUCUCUGCGCCAUAUCAUGGCGGACUGGAGUGGGAAUGGUAAUAACUCUUUAAACAAUCAAAACAACGGCACUCAUAAUAGCAAUAGCAAUAGCAAUAGCAAUAACAACAACAACAGCACUUUAGGUAGACCAAGUGGUUUGCCACCUCUCUCGUCUCAUGUUGAAAAUGGAUCUACAGGCCGUGUUUCAUCUUCUGGUAAAUUACCGGAAGAUUAUUCGGCACUAAAGUCUCGUGUGACGGAACUGGAGCUGGUCAACGACUUGCUUGCUAGUAGAGUUAAGCAACUUGAAGCCUCUGAGAGUCGGAUCCGAGACUCUGAGAUGGCGCUACGUAGUAGGGUUUCUCAGCUGGAGGAUACGUUGCAUAUCUACGAACGCGAGAAAGAGCGAGCACGGGUGGCGCAACUAGAAGAUUCUCUGCGAGAAAAGGAGCGUGAGCUUGAAAAGCGCCGUUUAUUUGAGACAAACACUAUAAAACCAGACCGUGCGCGAUCACUUUCGCCUCCUCCUCGUCGAGUUUCUCAACAAGAUGUUAAUGUGGCUUUGGGAUCAGAGUCUGGGUAUUCAAAACGGUUUGAUGCACCUACGUCUACAAGUAGCGAACCUAACAAGGAAUCUUCUGGACUUCCUUCAAGUGCCAGUGGACCAACUACAAGCUUAUGGUAUGCCUCUAUUGCAGCUACAGCCAAUGCAAAUGGCAACGGCAUGGGAGGCUUUGCAAGCCCAUGCUUUGGGCCUUUGGGGAUGACACGUGGAGUUGGAGCUCCACGGUCUGCUGGUUUUAGUGGAAGCAUCAAUAACAAUGUCACUGGUAAUGGGGGCGUCAACAGUGGCGUCAACAGCAGCAGCAGCAACAGCAGCAGAAGCAGCAACAAUAACAACAAUAACAGCAACACCAAAAACAAUAGCUCAGAUUCUUCUUACACCCGGUUCCCUAAAAGAAAUGGAGCUAUGGUAGUUCCUAGCCCUGUAUUUACUCCUUUAAAUGGUCUUCAUCGUGUUACAGAUGAUAUUGACAUUAAGCCUCUUCCAAGUAUGAGUAAUAUUGAGAAGCGGAUGGAGAUAAAAGCAGAAAAGCGCGCAUCUACAGUUAGUCCUCAAAUUAGUCCGUUGAUGAGCACUGCGGUACCGGUUUUGAGUGGAGCACAAAAGCGGACGAGCAGUAACAUGUUAGUUGAGGGCAAUGGCGAUACUAUGAGUGCAAGUGACGCCAACAAGCAUACAAAGUCAGUUUUACCACAGACUUCUUUUAACAAGAUUGCUGACAUUUUGUCACCUUCAGUGGCUAAUUCAUCAUCCUCAUCCUCAUCCUCAUCAUCAUCUACUUCUUCUUCAACUCAAGUGAAUCCUAAACCAGUUGGAGUUUCUAAUAAUGGUAGAGAUGAGGACGAGGUUAUGGCCCGAUCACCUCGGAAAAAGAUUCGACUUUCGUCGAUUGUACAAUAG